AUUGUUGUACAGAAAGAAGACACCUGGGGCACUGACAUCAUAAAUGCUCCUCUCUAUUUCCAGGUACUGCACUGGGCUCAGAAUAACGCAGACUAUAUCAUUCCUCUCUACUGCUUUGAUCCAAGACACUACCUAAGAACCUAUCACUAUGGUUUCCCAAAGACUGGGCCCUACCGACUAAAAUUUUUACUGGAAAGCGUGAAGGACCUAAGACAAACGCUCAAGAAAAAAGGAAGUAAUUUGGUGGUGAGGAAAGGGACUCCAGAAGAUGUGGUUCAUGAGUUUAUUACGCAGCUGGGCUCUGUGACUGCCGUGGCUUUCCAUGAAGAGGCUACGACAGAGGAGCUGGACGUGGAGAAGGCGCUGCAGCGGGUGUGUGCUCAUCACGGGGUGAAGAUCCAGACCUUCUGGGCAUCCACUCUCUAUCACCGGGACGACCUGCCCUUCAGCCACAUUUCCAGGUUGCCUGAUGUUUAUACCCAGUUCCGAAAAGCAGUGGAGUCUCAGGGCAAAGUCCGUCCAACUGUGCAGAUGGCAGAUCAGCUAAAGCCUCUGGCCCCAGGAGUUGAAGAUGGCUGCAUCCCCAUGCCAGAGGAGUUUGGACUGAAGGAGCCUCUGGCUGAUCCGCGAACAGCCUUCCCCUGCAGUGGAGGAGAGACUCAGGCCUUAAUGAGGCUGCAGCAUUAUUUCUGGGAUACGAACCUGGUGGCAUCUUACAAGGAGACUCGAAACGGACUGAUAGGAAUAGAUUAUUCAACCAAGUUUGCACCAUGGCUAGCAUUAGGCUGUAUUUCACCCCGAUAUAUUUACGAGCAGAUCCGGAAGUAUGAGAAAGAGAGAACUGCAAAUCAGAGCACAUACUGGGUCAUAUUUGAGCUCCUGUGGAGGGAUUACUUCCGAUUUGUGGCCCUGAAGUAUGGGACAAGGAUUUUCUCAUUGAAAGGACUUCAGGAUAAAGAGGUGCCUUGGAAGAAAGAUCCCAAGCUAUUUGAUGCUUGGAAAGAAGGAAGAACGGGGGUUCCUUUUGUAGAUGCCAAUAUGAGAGAACUCGCAGCGACGGGCUUCAUGUCCAACAGAGGGCGCCAGAACGUUGCCAGCUUUCUCACCAAGGACCUGGGGUUGGACUGGAGGAUGGGUGCAGAAUGGUUUGAACACCUGCUGGUGGAUUAUGAUGUCUGCAGCAAUUAUGGAAACUGGUUAUACAGCGCUGGAGUUGGAAAUGACCCAAGGGAGAACAGGAAGUUUAACAUGAUUAAACAAGGCCUGGAUUACGACAGCAACGGAGAUUAUGUCCGACUGUGGGUUCCAGAAAUACAGUGUAUAAAGGGAGGGGAGAUACACACGCUCUGGGCACUGAGCAAUGCUGCUCUCUCACAAGCGGGGAUAGCGCUUGGGGAGACCUAUCCACUGCCAGUCGUCCUGGCCCGAGAAUGGAGCCGACAUAUCAACCAGAAGCCUAACAAGAGAGACCACCCUCCGAGGGGAAAGAAAGAUCCCUCACACACACCAAAGCAACACAAAGACAGAGGGGUGGAUUUUUACUUCUCUCGCAACAAAGAUGUAUCAUGAAGGCAGCCCCUGCACUUCUGGAGAAGUGAUGGAUGUGCCUUUGCCUGCUGAAAACUCCAGCUGAUAAUGGUUACUUGCUGAUAAUGGUUACUAUGUCUUGGCUAACUUCUCUCUCUCAUUAAUAGCUAAAAAAACCAAGAAUGACAUUUUGGACACAUUGAAAUCAAAGGAGUCUUGCCAUUGACUUCAAAUAGAUCAAGAUUUUGAUCUUCAAUCUUUGAAAAAUGGUUCUCUUUACGAGCCAGCUGAUUGGGAUUCAGAAAGGAGCUGAAGUUCUUGAGCAUUGUAUUUUUAAGAAUUCUGCGACACCUUUAACAAGAUCAGAGGUGCGAACCUUGUAUUCUGACCAAAUUUGAGCGGUGGAAAUUAUGUCUUGCCCACCUAAAUGCCCCUCAGAAAUCAACUGGAUGUAUUAAAGCCAGAUCCUUACCUGGUGUAAAUCAGCAUAGUUCUAUUGUAAUCAGUGAAGCUACACUGAUUUACACCAGCUGAUUUUCUGACUUGGUAUUCUUCACUUUCUGCUUUCAUUGUUGCUGUGAGCUGUGCAAUAGCUAAUGUGUUCCACCCCAGAGAUGGGUGAUGAGUGAUUUGAUACACUGAUUAUAUACGGGGAUCACUUAAGUUUUGGGUUGAAAGGGGCUUUAUAAGUAGUAAUUAUUCACCAUAAUGGUAGGGACAUCUUGUUAUUGUCAAGUGGUCAAACAGCUUUUCCAGUGCCUUUGCUUUGUACUGGGGCUUAUAGUUACUAUAGACUGAUUUGUACCUCAUAUUACAGACUGGAGAAGGUGUUCACUUUUUUAAUAUAUAUUGGAAAAACCUAUUCUGAAUUUCCUUAUAUUAAUGUGCUUCAGGGUGUAAAACUUAAAAACAUUGAUCCAUUAAACAGCUUAAACCUU